AUGGCUGUCGCUACUCACCAUCCCUUUGACCCUCUUACCCCCGAGGAAAUUUCCAGAGCUGGACGAGUCGUUCGUCUGCAUUUCGGUGGCCAUGAUCCCAAUUUUCGAGUCAUCACCUUACAGGAGCCCCCCAAAAAACUUAUGAUACAGUAUCUCGAGAAAGAGCAUCGCAAACAGCCUUCAGAAGAUAUUCCCACGCGCUCUGCGCGUGCUGAAGUUGUGCUGAAAGGCCACAAUGAUGCUAACGAGCUAUUUGAACUCUUUGUCGAUCUGGACAAUGACAAAGUCACCCACAAGCAGCAUCUCAAGGGAAAACAUUCCUACAUUGAUGCGGACUACAUGAAAGCAGCUGAGGCUUCUUGCCUAGCCAAUGACGAAGUGCAGGCCGCAAUACGCUCCCUUGACCUCCCUGCAGGAUCAACUGUUGUGGUGGAGCCUUGGGCUUAUGCCACAGACGGAAUGAAUGACAUGGCCCAACGAGUCACAAUGUGUUGGUUCUACCUUCGCAUUGAAGAGAAUCCAAAUGCCAAUUACUACGCAUACCCUCUCGACGUAUGUGCAGAGGUUUCAGAGACUCUAGAGGUCACCAAGGUCUAUCGUUUGCCGACGAAACCACACGAAAUAGUCAAUAAUGAACAAAAACCUUUCGAUUGUCGGAAAAUCCGCCCGAAAGCAGUUACAGAAUACCACCCAGACUUGAGACCAAGCCCAAGAACGACUACUAAACCUUAUCAAGUUGUUCAGCCGGAUGGACCAUCUUUCUAUAUUAGUGGAAAUCACGUAGAGUGGGAGAAAUGGAGUUUCAGAGUAGGUUUCAAUUACCGCGAAGGAUUGACGCUCCACGACAUUCGUUACGAUGGCCGGAGCUUGUUUUACCGACUGUCUCUCGCGGAGAUGUUCGUACCUUAUGCUGACCCACGAGCUCCUUAUCCCCGCAAGGCGGCAUUUGACCUCGGAAAUGACGGUGCAGGAAUCAACGCCAAUAAUCUAGAGCUUGGCUGUGAUUGUAUAGGUACCAUCAAGUAUUUCGACGGUUACCAUAACACGCCCUCUGGGCAGCCUUUGAAAUUGCGAAACGUGGUGUGUUGCCAUGAACAGGAUGAUGGUAUUCUAUGGAAACAUACCAAUUUCCGCACUCAAACACCUGUAGUAGUUCGCUCUCGUAUUCUCGUUUUACAGACUAUCAUUACAGUGAGCAACUACGAGUACAUUCUUGCGUUCCAUUUCUAUCAAGAUGCUUCAAUUUUUUAUGAAGUUCGUGCUACUGGUAUCCUGUCCACUGUUCCCGCCAACAUAGACACAAAAGCCAAGUUUCCUUAUGGCACUACUGUAGCUCCAGGCGUUCUAGCACCAUAUCACCAGCAUCUCUUCAGCCUGCGCAUCGACCCAGCAAUCGACGGCUAUUCUAAUUCUGUUGUCGUUGAAGAAUCAAAACCCCUUCCUUUGGGCAAUCGCUCUGUCCACAACCCAUUUGGUGUAGGCUAUUGCACUGACAGUCAAAUUGUCGAGGAAGAGGGGGGAUUUGACCUCGAUUUCACCAAAAACCGUACCUUCAAGUUUCUCAACGAGAGCAAGAUAAACCCCAUAACGGGCACACCGGUUGGAUUCAAACUUCUCCCUGCUUACAGUCAAAUGCUCCUCUCCCAUCCUGAAUCGUACCAUGCGAAGCGCUCAGAGUUCGCUAAGCAUGCUGUUUGGGUUACUCGCUAUGAAGAUGGUGAUCACUUCCCUGCCGGCCGAUAUACAAUGCAAUCUACCGGCGGUGAUGGUAUUGCUUCUGCCAUUGCUAAGCGAAAAGAAUCGAACGCGUCUGGGUCAGUCAGAAACGAGGAUGUUGUCAUCUGGCACACAUUCGGAUCCACCCACAACCCUCGAAUCGAGGAUUGGCCGGUUAUGCCAAGUGAGAAACUCAUUGUUGGACUUAAACCCGUCAACUUCUUCUCUGGCAAUCCAGGCUUGGAUGUGGCUCCCUCGGCUCAAGAGAAGAACAAGAGUGUUUUGUAUACUCGAGAUGAUUCCAAGGCAACAGCAUCGUGUCAUAACUCUAACCUCUAG